AUGGUCAAAGCUUUUUCCCUAUUUGGUCUUUCAGUUGCUGUCCUCGCCAGUACCGUGUCUGGGUUAAUUCCUAUUACCAUCAAGGGCUCAAGAUUUGUUAGGCCAGGUACGCAAGCAUCCGAUGCUGGUCAGGAAUUUAUUAUCCUUGGAGUCGACUACCAACCUGGUGGCUCAUCCUCGUUUGACCCCUCGGGAAGCUCCGAUGUCUUAACAGAUCAAGAUGCUUGUCUUCGUGACGCCUUCGUCCUGCAGCAGCUGGGUGUCAACACUAUUCGUGUUUAUUCCGUUAACCCCUGGCUCAACCACGACGCUUGCAUGUCUGUAUUUAAUGCUGCCGGCAUUUAUGUUGUUUUAGACGUUAACAACCCUUACCAGUCACUCAGCAGAAGUGAUCCAAAUAGCACUUAUAACGAGGGUUAUCUUAACAACGUCUUCGGUGUUAUCGAUGCCUUCAAAGGUUAUCCUAAUGUUCUUGGUUUCUUUUCUGGUAACGAAGUUGUUAAUGAUAAAGGCUCUGCUGAAGCCACUCCUCAAUAUAUUCGUGCUGUCCAGAGAGAUAUGAAGCAAUAUAUCAGUUUGCACGCAGAUCGUCCUAUCCCUGUGGGGUACUCUUCUACAGAUGAUAUUGCUUUGAGAUUAGCCACCUGGCAAUAUUUACAGUGUGGCAAUGAUACGUCUAAGUCUGAUUUUUACGGUCUGAAUUCCUAUGAAUGGUGUUCAGGACAGAACGAUUGGCAGUCCAGUGGAUACGGAACUCUUGAGUCUUCUUUUAAUGAUACUAGUAUUCCUGUUUUUCUUUCCGAGUAUGGCUGUAAUACGGUUUCCCCUCGUACGUUUACUGAGGUCAAUGAGGGUAUUUACGCUGAACUUGAAAAUGUUUCUCUGGCGGUUUGGUUUAUGAAUAUUCUCAGGAAGUAUCCAACUAUGGACUUGUCACCAUUGAUGAUAAUGGCGAUGUUACUUUGA